AUGAGGUCCGAGAUUGAUCAGCUGAAUCUCUGCAUCACCGCGGAUGAUGACCAGCUGAGUGAGGGUGUGAGGGAGUCUGCAACAAGGGAGACGGCUAUGGUUGUCUACGAAAAAUCAGCCGAUAACAAAGCAGAUAACGAGGGAGAAUCUCGUGGAAAAGAUAAAAGCGAUGAAAACAAAGAGAGUAAGAUCUUAGAACUAGCUGUUUAUCACUGUGAUGACUCGGUUGAGGGGAGGAACGAAGAGUUCAACGAGUCUGCCAAGGAUGAUGAAGACGCGGUGAAGGAUGAAGAUGAGGUGGCAAAAAGACGUGCAAAAGGAAAGGAAAAAGUGCAAGAAAACGAACCAAAAAAACAAGGCCCACAAAAAGGGGAAUGUAGCAAUCAUUCUGCCCAUUACAGCUGCGCCGACGAGACCAUUAAUGGGGUCUUCAAUGAGACAGAGGAGUUCUUUGCCAUGUUUGGGAGAGAUGCUCCCCCAAUCGUUGAUGAAAUUUCCGACGACGGAAUUGACAGUGCCUUGAGGGACGUGCGGUACGAGGGGGACGAAAUUUUUGUAGGCAGGAUUUUCCGUAACAAAGUGGAGUGCAAGAUUAAGAUGGCCAUCCAUGCCAUCAACAGAAAAUUCCAUUUUAGGACUCCACGCUCAACUCCAAGCUAUAUGGAGUUUAUGUGCGUUAAUCACAGCUAUUCAUGGCGGGUCUAUGCUUCCCUGAUGGAUGCGACAGGGAACUUCCAGAUUAAGAAGGCCACACUUAAACACACAUGCCCCAUUGAAGACCGCUGGAAGUAUCACAAGCAAGCAACAACGCAAGUGAUUGGUGAGCUGAUCUCCACAAGAUUUGUGGCAGGGCAGAGAGGACCAGGUCCAAUAGAAAUUCAGCGCAUAAUGCUCCAAGAGUUCCAGUUCUUGUUAACAUCUCUUACUGGAAGGCGUGCAGGUGCAGGGAACUGGCACUUGAAAAAGCAUUUGGAUCAGUUUCUGGAAAGUUCGUUGCAGACAAGAAUGGUUGCCAAAGGUUCAUGCAAGUACCUUUUCAUCGCGUUUGCUGCUUCAGUUACUGGACUGAAAUACUUGCGGCCCGUGGUUCUGAUCGAUGGGGCACAUCUUGUGAGCCGAUAUGGUGGCUGUCUGAUUUGUGCAAGUGCUCAAGACGGAAACUUUCAGAUCUACCCGAUAGCAUAUGCUGUUGUAGACAGUGAGAACGAUGCAUCUUAUGAAUGGUUUUUCAAUUGCUUGAAAACCAUCAUUCCGGAUAGCAGCGCCGUUAUGUUUAUAUCUGACCGUCAUGGUAGCAUAUACUCAGGGCUUCAAAAGGUGUACCUAUCCGCGGGCCAUGGUGCUUGUCUAGUUCAUCUGGCGAGGAACAUUACAACCCGAUUCAAAGAGAGCCGUCUUCCAUCUCUUAUGGUCAGAGCUGCAAAAGCUUACACAGUGCACGAGUUUCUGCAAAUAUUUAAAGAUUUGGAAAACAUCAACCCUCGUUGCGCCAAGUAUUUAUUGGAUAUGGGAUUACCACACUGGACUCGGGCAUACUGCAUUGGCGACCGCUACAACAUCAUGACUACUAAUGUAGCCGAAUCUCUGAACAAGGUAUUGAAGGAAUGUCGUGAGUUCUCCCUAAUUUCAAUGCUUGAGGAGAUUAGAAUGAGUCUUAUCAGUUGGUUUGUAAGGAGGAAAAGUGUCUCAGCCGCUGAAAAUCAUGCUGUAAAUCCCAAAGUUUGUGAUAUUUUGGACGACAACUUCUAUGGUUGCACCGAACUGAAGGUGGUUGCUGUGGGAAGCGAUGAAUACGAAGUUUACAACAGGAAGGGGGAUCGGUUCGAAGUGAACCUAGUUUCCAAGUCAUGCAGCUACAGGGAGUUCCAAAUGCUACUCAUUCCAUGCCGCCAUGCAAUUGCUGCUAGUUCUUGCUGCGGAAUUGAGAUAAAUGAGCUUGUGGGAGAGGUGUACACAACAGAAUACCGGAGAGCCCUUUAUGACGGAGUUUUUCACCCAGUGCCAACACCGGUGAGUUUUGGUAACGAGUUGCUUCCUCCAUUAAUGCGCAGGCCACCGGGGCGUCCAAGGAAAAUCAGGAUACCAUCAAUAGGAGAGUUUAAGAGGCGUGCGAGGAAAGCGGCAAGGAUUUGCAGCAGGUGUCAGGGUAAGGGUCACAACAGAGCUUCUUGCAAGCUCCCGGUCAAGGAUAAGUAA